AUGGAGAUGCGCGUGGUUCUACGCCUAAACAGCACCGAAACGGGAUUUGAGGAACGGUUCCAGGACCUUCUGGCGGGCAAGAGGGAAGUCUCGGAAAAUGUCGACCAGGUGGUUCGCGACAUAAUCGAAGAUGUUCGCGCGAACGGCGACAGGGCCGUACUGGACUAUACCGCAAAAUUUGACCGACUCGAUGCAGCCGGCAUGGCGGAGCUCACAGUCUCCGGGCAGGAAAUUGAGAAAGCAGUGAAGGAAGUGCCGGCGGAAACGCUGGAGGCCCUGCAAUUCGCUCAUGACCGGAUUCAUGCGCAUCAUUCUCGCCAGGUGCCCAGGGACGAACGUUAUACCGAUGACAUCGGUGUGGAACUGGGGUCGCUCUGGACAGCGAUUGAGGCUGUUGGCGUCUACGUGCCUGGCGGCCUGGCAAACUAUCCGAGUUCGGUGCUGAUGAACGUCGUUCCGGCGCGUGUUGCCGGUGUCGAUCGCAUCGUGAUGGUGGUGCCAAGCCCGGACGGCGUUCUGAACCCGCUCGUUCUGGCGGCCGCCAGAGUUGCCGGCGUCACCGAGAUUUACCGUAUUGGCGGUGCCCAGGCCGUUGCCGCUCUUGCCUUCGGUACUCAAACCAUUUCUCCGGUUGCCAAGAUCGUCGGUCCCGGAAAUGCCUUUGUUGCUGCUGCAAAGCGCCGGGUGUUCGGCACCGUCGGCAUCGACAUGAUUGCCGGGCCUUCCGAAGUUCUGAUCGUUGCGGAUGGCGACAACAAUCCCGACUGGAUUGCCGCCGAUCUGCUGGCUCAGGCCGAGCACGAUACGGCCGCCCAGUCCAUUCUGAUGACAGAUAGCGAAGAUCUGGCCGUUCAGGUGGAAAGAGCAGUGGACGCGCAGCUGAAGACGUUGCCGCGCGAGCAGGUGGCAAGGGCCAGCUGGCAGGAUUUCGGUGCGAUCAUUCUGGUGGAGAACCUUGAGGCCGCAAUGCCGCUGGCCAACCGGAUCGCGCCCGAACACCUGGAGCUGGCUGUUGCCGAUCCGGAAGAUCUCUUGAAAAAAGUGCGCAAUGCGGGGGCAGUUUUUCUCGGACACUAUACGCCGGAAGCGAUUGGUGAUUAUGUCGGUGGCUCCAAUCACGUGUUGCCCACGGCGCGGUCUGCGCGGUUUUCCUCAGGUCUCUCCGUUCUGGAAUUCGUCAAGCGCACCUCGAUCCUGAAGUGCAAUGCGGAUAAUCUGCGGGCUCUUGGCCCGGCGGCAAUCACACUGGGCGAAUCUGAGGGGUUGUCGGCGCACGCGCGCUCUGUUUCCAUCAGGUUGAACAUGUAA